CCGGCUUCUCCCUCCAAACAUCUUUCCUUCAGCAUCAUUUUGCUCUUAACAACACCAUGAAGCAAAAGGUGGUAUUCAAGGUAGUUAUGAAUAACGAGAAGUCACGCACAAAGGCCUUGAAAAUUGCAGCUAGUCUACCAGGGGUUGAUUCUGUUGCUAUCCGACGUGCGGACCAAAGCCAAAUGGAGGUAACGGGCGAUGGGUUUGAUGCAGUUCGGCUAGUAAGUCUACUAAGAAAGGGAGUAGGGCAUGCGGAGCUGAUGGGCGUCGGCCACAUUGGUGGUAAAGAGAAGCAAGAGAAUAAAAAAAAAACAGGCUUUGUUUGCCUCAAAGGCGAAGGCGAUGACAAGAGCCCAAUAGAGGUAAAGAGCGAUGGGAUUGAUGCAGAUCGUCAGAAAGAGAGAUUCAACUAUGGUGUCUCGCCGUUGUUCCCGUCCUUGUUCGGCUUCUCAAAUAAUCAACCAGAGUUUGACUUUGGGGAGAAACAAGUCCGUCCACCUGAAGAUACACUUUGGUUCGAGUCCGUUUCUCUCAAAGGUGAUGACAAGAAGGCAAUAGAGAUAACCGGCGAUAGGAAUGAUGUAGAUCUAGGAAAGAGAAAGAGAGUGGCAGAUUUAGAGCAUGCAGAGCAAGUGAGCAAAACGGAAGAGAAGAAAGAGGGAAAGUCAACUGUGUAUGUCCGGGAACAAGACAAUCAACAUGAAGAUACCAGCUCGUCUCCCUGUAUCCAGAAACCUGAGUUGGUUUCUAUUGGCCCUUAUCAUAGGGAUAAAGACCUUCCACUUAACAAGUACAAGUAUUCUUUCUUGCAAAACUUUCUAUCUCGCACAAGAAACCAAGGCAAAGAUUUAUGUUUCUAUGUGCGACAGAUGAUGACACUUGAAUUGCGUACUAGAAGAUGCUACUCCGAUGAGGAUCUUUCAAUGUGCAACUCUGAAUUCGUUGAAAUGAUGUUAGUUGACGGAUGCUUCGUAAUGGAGGUGUUACACCAUUUUGGUAGGGGUAAGGAAUCUGAAGAUGGGAUUUUCCCCAUUGAACCAUGGCAGAUCCCUAUUUUGGUUCGAGACCUGCUCCUGCUAGAGAACCAAAUUCCUUUCUUUGUUUUGGAAAACUUGUUUGAUUUAUCCAAGAGUGAAGAAGCUACAGCAACAGUUUCUGUACCGACUAUGGCCUUGAAAUUUAUCGAUCUAGCCUUCCCUCGAUCCAUGGAUUUCAUCAUCAACCAUUUGGAAUCACCCAAACAUUUACUUCACUUGCUUCUCGAGACUAUCCGCCCAUCAAAUCCUUCGACCAAUUCACUCUCCUUGUUUCUCAAAACUAUCCAUUUGAUAGCAAUGAUCCUCUCAAAUCCAAUUUCCUUAUUGCUAUUUCUCAAUAACAUCACAAGAAGGCGCGUCUCCCAUCUAAAAACACCUGCCAGCUCAAAGCAAAAGGGACAUCACCUCUCUAUUCAGCCCAAACCAUCAACCUCAAAGACAGCCGAUGAAGUUAAGGUUUAUUUAGGAAGUGCAAGAGAACUCCAGAAGUCAGGCAUAGAGUUCAGGCCAAAAAGAGCCGACAGAUUCACGGAUAUCCAUUUCAAGGACGGAGUGCUUGAAAUCCCACCUGUAACCAUCAAUGAUCUCUUCCUCGCCAUCCUUGUUAAUGGCAUGGCCUUCGAGCAGCGUUCUACUGGAUGCUCCAAAGACUUAACUGCUUAUGUCUCUUUCAUGUCUAGUCUCAUUAGACAUCCUACUGAUGUAGAGCUGCUAUCUUCAUGUGGAAUCAUCUCAAGAUUUUCCCUCGAGAAUGAACGGGUAGCGUCUUCUUUCACUUACCUUCAGUCUAAGAUUUCUAAUCGUGGCAUUCGCCAGGACUCUUAUCUCUACAUGACAGUAAUGGAAACAAAAUGCUACUAUAUUGAGGAUAGAGUUACUAGGUUGCGUUAUUCGUUGCCAGACGGGGGUAGAAUUACUAGGAUGCACUAUUUUUGGAGAGAUCCGAAAAUAUUAUUGUUCUGUAUCACCAGCCUUUGGUUCGUUUUUUCCUGUUUCAAAUUUGGGUACUAAGUUGAUGAUCCGUCUGGUAAAAUGGACUGGAUUACAUGGUAUAUCGAAGAGGUGUAAUAAGGGAUGUCGAAGUUAAUCCAAUAACAAAUUUCAGGGUGUUGUUAGUGUCUUAGAUAGUAUAUACCGGUAGUUAUGUUAAGGUGUGAUCGUAUGCUGUCACACAUGGUGCCUUCUCUUUUCUGUCUUCCGCUACUAUUUGUGUUAGAGCUGCAUUUUUUAUGUUCUGGAAUCCCAUCUCUCCAUUCUGUA